AGUCCCCAACACCUUGCCGCGGAGGGUGGACGGAGGCCCCGCUCCCUCGCUCCCGACCGCUGGGUGCUGCUGUUGCAACCACUACUCGCUCGCUCAGCCGCGCCUCCCAUUCAGUGAAGAUUCAACCGUUGCUCACAGUGUUACUUCCGAGACGUGACUGACUGGCUGCCACACGUGCGAAUGGUGAGCGUAGCGUGAAGUGUCAGCUAUGCAGCGCAGGGAUAAACGUUCCUAAGAUGAACUCACGGAUUGAUGGGCUUUAGUAGUGUGUAACUAUAAGAGUUGUGGAGCAACGUGGUAGUGUGUCGCUCAUUCGCUGCUCCGAGGACGCCACUUGAGACUUUGUACACCGUCAGCAAUAGCGGGUCCUGCUGGUCCCCUCUACCUCCCUUCUUAGCACAGAGUGAUACAGUGACGUGGUGAAGAUGAGGACCAGCGACGUAAUCAACGAGGCGGCGGCGACAGCCGGGGUGGGCACCGGUCUUCUGUCUCUCAGUGGCGCCGUGACGGCCAACUCCGGCAAAGGCUCAACUUUAGCUGACGUUUCACCAGGUCUUACUUUUGACCUGUCAACCUACACGAGGAUCGUGCAGCAAAUGGCUUCCAAAAUAUACCCCUACGAUCCGGCUGCCGUGGUGGCGUCUCUGGCCGCUCUAGGCCCUACGUCUCACCUGCCUCUAGCCCUCACAGCCCCACACGCACUCUCCCUCACCACAAAGAACUUGGAUAGCGAAAAGGCCAGCAAGAUAGCUGAGUGCCUACUGCCCGGUAGUGGGCUCAAGAUGGGAUGGCAGCCUGAAAAUAAAUCUGAUAAAAAAGUUAAAGAAGAGGAUGGAGAAUCUGCUCUUGAUCUAAGAACUCAAGGUUUAAAGUCUUUGUAUUCAUCCUACAGACGAGCCUCCCUGGAUGAUAUUAAACCCAAAGUCGUGGAAGACAUAUGGGUCGAAAAUGACAUUCAGCUAACAUGGACAGACUCACGCGUGGCUGCUUACAAUCCAGCUCAAAAACUUUUUAUGUGUGUGGACUGUGAGUGCGUGGGAUUUCUGUCCCGUGUAGCAGAGCACUGGCUGGGCGCCCACGCCAACCUGCGCGUCUUCUCCUGCCCCAGGUGUCCGUACACAUCCGCAUGGUCUCGUUGCGUGAAAAUGCAUCUCACGCGGCAGCACAACGAACAGUUCGCCGACACCAAUAUGUGGAAAGAAAAUUCAACACUUAUGGAGGUCACUCGGCUGAUGCAAGAACUGCGAAACAAGGUGGAGAACAGGAUCGAUUCCAGCAACACUUUGGCAGAUAAACGAUUUUAUUGUCCGCAUUGUCCCUACGCCACUGACAGACGUGACCUGUACACGCGUCACGAGAACAUCCACAAGGACGACAAGCCCUUCCACUGCUACCUUUGUUUCAAACAGUUCAACAGAGCAGACCACGUAAAAAAACACUUUGUUCGUAUGCACCCUGAGUCUGAGUACGAUAUUUCCAAGAUUCGUAAGCAGCCAGGCAGUGGGCGAAGUGCUGUUCGCUCACCUCCUUCUCCAUUAGUGACGUUGUCCCAAGAAGCCUCUGCACCACCACCGCUGCCACCGCCACGGGUCAUCACACCGGUUCCAUCUCCUCCCACUGCUCCUUCUCCAGCGCCGUCUCCACAACCCAUGACCCCGGAAGCACCUAUGGCAGACAUGGGCCCAAUAAGUGCUCCCUCAACUCCCGAAGACUGCAGUCCAGCCUCUCCCGGGGCCAUCGUAAACUUGGGUGUGGGGCUGAGCAUGAUAUCUGGCAUGGACAGCCCAGAACCUGGUCGUGGAAGGAGACGUGGAGACCGAGCGUACACGUGUCCUUACUGCCACUGGGCCGGCAGUGACAACUGGUGUCUUAAGCGACACAUGAAUACUCACAUCAAACCUUUUGCAUGUGUCAUGUGUGACUACAAGGCGGCGAGGGCAGAACGGCUCUCCACACACGUCUGGAAGGUGCACAACAAGAGAAUCUGCAACAAGUGCAACUUCCUGGCCGAGACACAAGAGCGUCUGUUGGAACACACUCGAGAGGAACACCACAACAAUCCGUAUUCACGUCGCUACAUUUGCUCCUCCUGCGUGCUAACCUUCGACACCCGGCCUGCCCUGGAGACUCACCAGCACCUCUGCCACCCCUGCCUUACUACCUCAGAUACAUCCACCGGUUCUCCCAUCCCACCAGUGCAGGAUGUGGCUCAUGAUCUAUCCAUUCGCAGUGAAAAUCGCUCGCCGCGACAGGCCUCGUCCCCUCUGGUAUGUCCCGUGGAUGGUUGUGGCCACAUGGUGGGCUGCAGCAGCUCACUGGCAGAUCACAUACGGGAGGAUCACGGAGGUGCUGGUGGCUCCAGCUGUCCCCACUGUGGGUAUCAGCUUACCCACGAUGAGUUAUCUAGGGACCACUGGCUUACUCAUCACAAUGAAGUCUGCGCUGCUUGUGUCCAUGUCUUCACUGCUGUAUAUGGACCACAAUUGUGGAAAAAAGUCCACGUCCGCCCCAGCUCAGUGGAGAGUCCUCUGGACGCGAUUGUCACGGGACUCAAUCGGAAGCGCACCGCCAAUGACGGCUCGCCCGCCGAUUCAUCACUGGAAGGCCCGCUCUCCAUCAUGACAUCACUCUCCACUGUCCACAGGGACUCACCAUCACCAGGAUCUGACACACAGGACACAGAUAGUGAAAGAUUCUGUAAACGCUCAAGAAAACAACGGUGCCCCAAGAAAGUCAUCACAGUGGCAGAAGACUCAAGCAAUGGCUCUUCUCUCAACACGACACGUAAGCACAACUCCAUGAGGUUGCGACGCAGGGCAAUGCUCAACAGACCAGGCUUCGUGAGCCGUCAGUGUCACAAAUGCCCUCGUCGGCCAGUCUUUGCUUCCCGUGCUCGCCUUCAGCUGCAUGUGAAGUGGAGUCAUGGCAGACGCAGUGCUGGGAGACGGAAUCCUCCGACAGAAAGCACUUCGUCUGCCACUGUCUCAGUCCACUAGGGGGAAGAUUGCCAUCUCAACAUAACGGGUAACCAACGAUGUGUGUGCUCUUCACUUAUUACAUUUUCUACACAUUAGGCUCUCAGAA